AUGGUAAUUAAUUUCAUACUGGCAAUUUCACAAUUAAAAUAUUAUCAAAUUAAACUGUCACAAUCGCAUGGUAAAAUAGAUUUCGUUGCUCCUUGCUAUGAUGAAAAUCACGAGCAAAUAUCAUCUAACUUGGAAUACUUGGAUAUUGAUUCAAAAUUCGGCGUAUCAUUCUCUUAUUUUCAUUCUCAUGUUCUUCGAUGUUCACCAAAUCUUCAACAUUUAAAUGUAUAUUUAUCAUGUGAUGAAGGUAAUCGAAAUAAAAUCUGCAAACCUAUCAAUGAGUUAGUUCAUUUAUCAAAAUUAACUUUAAAAAUUCGUAGAGCAAAAUUAGAACAUCUGGAGUUAUUUUCACAAUGUACCCCAAAUCUUGAAUCUUUAAAAUUGGAUUGUUCAACAGGCAACGAUAAUCAACCAUUUAUGGAUGCUCAAAAAUGGUUACAACUUUUAUCACCAUGGAAAAAUUUAAAAUUAUUAAGAAUAUAUGUUCAAUCGAAAAACAACAUACCAUUUGAUUAUAUCCAUGGAAUUCAACAAACAUUUAAAUCUAUUCCAUUUUUAGUUGAACGCCAUUUAUGCCCUGAAUAUUCAUUUUCAGGCUACAACCGUCGACGAAUUCAUUUUAAUGCAUAUUAUCGAAAAAAAUAA